AGCGGGAGAGCAGUGAGCUUACCUGCGGCCGGGUUGGCCGUUUCGUGUCCCGCUGUGAAUUUAUGGAGAGAUAAAUUAGUGAGACUACCGAGUAUGAGCGGGACGGCAGGGUCCAACAGGUAUGUUCUGCGCUCUGACCCGACUGCCGCAACACCCGCCUCGCCCGGAUUAGACCUUCAAGGCCUGAGCAACCUCCCUGCUUCACCGCCCUUAGCCCCGCGGCGCUUCAACGUCUGCACAGACAUGCAAUAUGAUCCAACGUCGAAUGUCCUGCUCGCGAUGCUCGAGCUGCCCGGCGUGAAGAAGACCGACGUGCACAUCACCCUCGCGACCUGUCCUUACAGCCGUGCAAAGCUGCUUACGGUGUCCGGAACCUCGCGGCAGUUGCUUCCGCCCGACCGUGGACACACCGUGCGCGAGCGCAAGUCUGGUGAGUUCGUGAGGAGCAUCGCCGUCCCGCCUGAGACUUCUAUUCAGGAUGUUCAUGCGAUUAUGGAAGACGGUAUCCUGACUUUGAGAAUUCCAUGUGGCCGAGCUGUGCAUGCAGAACCACCACAGGACGUGCCAAUUGCGUGAAUAACGAAGGGUGCUAUGGACGCUUGUCUCGGUUUUGCUACGCUCUCUCUUGCUUUGGAAGCUGAAUCAAUGCUGGACUUACUGUGCUGCUUUCCUUCCGUAUCUUCUCGUUCGCUGUCCAUGUUUUCUUGCUUUCGCUGUGUGCAAAAUGCUGCCAACAUCUAUGACCAUGUUCGUCUUCCUUAUUCAUCUGCGUAGUAUAUGAUCUUGUAGCCUGCUAUUUACAUACAUGUCGCAUGAUACAAGUUUUUCUUGCCUCGGACAAGUUGUGUUGGCCCCUCAUUGUAUGACUAUCCAUCCUCAUCUUCCGAAAUAUAGC